AUGUUGUUGAUUCUGCUGUCAGUGGCCUUGCUGGCCCUGAGCUCAGCUCAGAACUUAAAUGAAGAUGUCAGCCAGGAAGAAUCUCCCUCCCUAAUAGCAGGAAAGCCACAAGGACCACCCCCACAAGGAGGCAACCAGCCUCAAGGUCCCCCACCUCCUCCAGGAAAGCCACAAGGACCACCCCCACAAGGAGACAACAAGUCCCGAAGUGCCCGAUCUCCUCCAGGAAAGUCACAAGGACCACCCCCACAAGGAGGUAACCAGCCCCAAGGUCCCCCACCUCCUCCAGGAAAACCACAAGGACCACCCCCACAAGGAGGCAACCAGCCUCAAGGUCCCCCACCUCCUCCAGAAAAGCCACAAGGACCACCCCCACAAGGAGACAAGUCCCGAAGUGCCCGAUCUCCUCCAGGAAAGUCACAAGGACCACCCCCACAAGGAGGAAACCAGCCCCAAGGUCCCCCACCUCCUCCAGAAAAGCCACAAGGACCACCCCCACAAGGAGGCAACCAGCCCCAAGGUCCCCCACCUCCUCCAGAAAAGCCACAAGGACCACCCCCACAAGGAGACAAGUCCCGAAGUGCCCGAUCUCCUCCAGGAAAGCCACAAGGACCACCCCCACAAGGAGGAAACCAGCCCCAACGUCCCCCACCUCCUCCAGAAAAGCCACAAGGACCAGCCCCACAAGGAGGCAGCAAUUCCCGAAGUGCCCGAUCUCCUCCAGGAAAGCCACAAGGACCACCCCCACAAGGAGGCAACCAGCCCCAAGGUCCCCCACCUCCUCCAGAAAAGCCACAAGGACCACCCCCACAAGGAGACAAGUCCCGAAGUGCCCGAUCUCCUCCAGGAAAGCCACAAGGACCACCCCCACAAGGAGGAAACCAGCCCCAAGGUCCCCCACCUCCUCCAGGAAAACCACAAGGACCACCCCCACAAGGAGGCAACCAGCCUCAAGGUCCCCCACCUCCUCCAGAAAAGCCACAAGGACCACCCCCACAAGAAGACAAGUCCCGAAGUCCCCGAUCUCCUCCAGGAAAGCCACAAGGACCACCCCCACAAGGAGGAAACCAGCCCCAAGGUCCCCCACCUCCUCCAGGAAAGCCACAAGGACCACCCCCACAAGGAGGCAACCAGCCCCAAGGUCCCCCACCUCCUCCAGGAAAGCCACAAGGACCACCCCCACAAGGAGGCAGCAAGUCCCGAAGUGCCCGAUCUCCUCCAGGAAAUCCACAAGGACCACCCCAACAAGAAGGCAACAAUCCUCAAGGUCCCCCACCUCCAGCAGGAGGCAAUCCCCAGCAGCCUCAGGCACCUCCUGCUGGACAGCCCCAGGGACCACCAUCCCCUCCUCAAGGGGGCAGACCUUCCAGACCUCCCCAGUGACAGCCUCCCCAGUCAUCUAGGAUUCAA